AUGCAAUCAGUUUCAAACCGCGCACUAGAAGGUCACGUGAUAGCCGUGUUAGUAACUUCGUCUGUUGAAAAGUGCCAAGCAAAGUGUGAGAGACACCUAGACUGCUACAGUACAAAUUACUUGUUUUCCACAAAAUCUUGUGAGCUGAACAAGGGCACCAGAUUGUCGCAUCCUGAAAACCUCUUACCGCGAGAAAACGCGGUGUAUUUUGACAAUCUUUAUCGCCUCUAUCACGCAUGCGUGCACCCUCCGUGCCAAAAUGGUGGCAAAUGCGUAUUACGGACGCAAAAUCCUGGUUACGAGUGUCAGUGCCCACCAAAGUACAGUGGAAAUAACUGCCAAGAUUGCGAUGGUGAUGCACUGGGUAUUUAUGACAAAUUACACAACUUUACAAUAUCUGCAUCAUCGUCUGAACCCGACAGCCCACCAGCCAGCGGUCGUAUUUAUAAGCCUGGAGGAUGGCGAGCGUUAAGAAACGAUUCGGAUCCAUAUUUGGAGGGCCACAGUAUCUUUUCCGACGUGAAGAAUAAGACUUGGAUAACUUGUAUACUUCUCAUCCUGUUUCAACCUGUUACCGGUCAAACUGGAAAAACCGGUUGUCAAGAUGUUCAUUCUAUCUCUGGGUACUCUCUCAUCAGUCACGUGUAUCGAAUGAUGUCACAAGUAGGCCUGAUCACCUGUAUCACCGCCUGCCAAAAUUACCCACAAUGCUUCAGUCUUAACUUCAAGUACACUUAUCAACUAUGCGAGCUGAACAAUGCAUCUCGUCUGAGUGCUGAGCCUAAGUAUUUUGUCUAUUCGAGUGAUACGGUGUAUUUAGAUAACUUACAUCGACCGUAUAGACCCUGUGAUAAUUCACCGUGUAUGAACGAUGGGGUUUGUAUUUCUACUGAUUUCUACCCAGGAUUCAAGUGUGCAUGUAAAGAAGGAUUCUUUGGACCAGUUUGUGAAGACUCAGUAUCACCUACGGACUGUUCGGCUCCGUAUCGACCUUUGGGAAUGAAGGAUGGCAAUAUAACGGACGGUCAAAUCACUGCUUCUUCUGAAGUACCAGGCUUUCAGGCCUUUAAGGCGCGGUUUGAUGGCUCCUCGUGUUGGAGAAGUGCUAAAAGUAGCCUUGGAGAGUACUUGGAAGUAAACUUUGGACGAAAAGAGUACGUCAAAGCAAUUAAAACUCAAGCCGAUCCAUUGCAAGACAACUGGACAGAAAAGUACUACUUAGCGUUUUCCCUGGGGUUAGGAUGCAAGAAUGUUACCCGGCAAUUUGGACGAGUUGUGAAUUACAAAGGGAACACAGGGCCAAACCAUAUCAUCACCAACUACUUGGGAGAACUAAGCUUCCACGCGACAGCUAUCCGAAUCUAUCCUCUGAAAUGGCAUGGACGCAUUGCACUACGGUUGGAGUUGUACGGUUGCUAGGAAUCUAUCAUCAAGAAUGGCAUGGACGCAUGGAACCAAGGUUGCUAGAAAUCUAUCAUUAAGAAUGGCAUGGACGCAUGGCACUAAGGUUGCUUGAAAUCUAUCAUCAAAAAUAGCGUGGACGCAUGGCACCAAGGUUGCUACAAAUCUAUCAUCAGAAAGGGCAUGGACGCAUGGCACUAAGG